AUAUGAGUAGAAAAAUAAAAUGCAACUCACGAGCUUCCGUAGUCAACAAACUGAUGAAGGAAAGGUCUCCUGAAACCAGUAACGGCAACAUCUCACUACAUUUUAGCCAGUGAGAACUUAAAUAUUAAUAAUUGUUUCAUUACAUUAUUAGUAGACUACACAGCAGAGCUGCCACUGGACCAGAUGGCUGCGAAAAUCAACGAGGCGCACGACCACAUUGCCAAGGCUGAAAAAUAUUUAAAGACUAGCUUCAUGAAAUGGAAGCCUGACUAUGACAGUGCUGCAUCAGAGUACUCAAAAGCAGCUGUUGCCUUUAAAAAUGCCAAGAUGCUUGAAGAAGCGAAGGAGGCAUACCUGCAAGAGGCAGAGGCACAUACCAACAACAAAACACUUUUCCAUGCAGCCAAAGCACUUGAGGCAGCUGGUAUGAUGCUCAAGGACAUGCAGAGGAUACCAGAGGCUAUCCAGUAUAUUGAGAGAGCAAGCAUGAUGUAUGUAGAGAAUGGCACACCAGACACUGCAGCCUUGGCCCUCGACAGAGCUGGAAAGCUAAUCGAAUCACAGGAUCUAGCAAAAGCAGUGGAUCUGUACCAGAAAGCUGCAUCAGUGUUUGAGAAUGAAGACCGUCUACGUCAAGCUGUAGAGAUGCUGGGGAAAGCAUCAAGACUUCUCGUCAGGCAACACAAGCUUGAUGAAGCAGCAGUGUCGAUUCAGAAGGAGAAGAACAUGUAUAAAGAAAUAGAGAAUUACCCAACGUGUUUUAAGAAAACCAUUGCCCAAGUGCUAGUCCACCUUCACAGAAAUGACUUCGUAGCAGCAGAUAAAUGUGUUCGAGAGAGUUAUAGUCUGCCAGGCUUCAGUGGGAGUGAGGACUGUAUUGCCUUGGAGCAGCUCCUGCAGGGCUACGAUGAGCAGGAUGAGGACCAAGUGCACUGCGUCUGUAACUCGCCCUUAUUCAAGUACAUGGACAAUGAUGUCUUUAAAAGUAUGCAAAGUUGUCCAUCAGCCUGAGGGUUCCAGGGGGGGGUAAGAAGAAGGCUCCUGCUUCAGCUGCCGAUGCUGGGGAAGGAGCGGAGGCAGGGGAGGCUGAUGAGGAUGAGUACGCUGGUGGGCUAUGUUAGCCACAGAACCUGGACUUCCUGUCUGGACCAGAGCACUUCCAGUUACCUGUUAAGGAUGGGUGUCGGAAUCUUCCACACCCUCCCAUUCUCAGCAUGCCAGGGGGUCGUGAACUUUGCCUUGCCUCCCAUCGCCAGAUGUACAACUGUAGGCACUCUAACCAUCAAGCAUAACAACGAGUUAUGCUCAUAACAAUAACAUAAGCAUGGUAAUAUAAUAUCACUGUGGAAAAUAAUCAAACACUACUUAAAGAUAUAUUAUUUGUCCCUUUUGGGGUUUACUGCGAUUGUAAAAUAAUGUAUAUUUUGCUACAUUUGAAGUGAUAUAAAACAUUUGAUUUUGAAUGUUGAUCUAGGUUUGGUAAUGUAUUUGUUGUAUUUGCCUCAAUGGAUCAUCAAGGUGUUUUCUCAUUCAAUCUACAACAGUAUGCAACAAGAUACUCGGUGUGAAAAUAAUGAUUUGCACAUUCACCUUACAAUAUCAAACUCUGUGCUUCAAUGAUUGAUGCGUAAAGGGGUGGAUGAGAUGAUUUCUGAAUUUGUACAGUAUGAAGUGUUGAAAGCAGCCAUUUCAGUUACUAUUGUGUGUGAAGGCACUUAUAAUGAAUCAAAUUUGUUUAGAAAAUAAUAUAUUUGGGUAAUUGGUAUAUUAUUGUACUUUAGUUUCUUCUAGAUUUCAGAAUGCCUUUCCAUUUGUAUUAUAUGUUAUGCCUGUACUUUGGAACUGACUGAAAGCUAGAUGAUGAUUUAUGUUUACAACUAAUCUUAAAAUGUGUGUCAAGUCUUGUGGAGUAUGCAGGCUUGAUGUUUGUGGCAUGCCCUCAGUGUUUUUACUGAAUCGAGUCAUGGAAUGGAAUAAAAUGGCAGCAGGUCAGCUUUCAAA